AUGCGUAAGGGAAUCAAUGCUAUGAAUUCAAAAAUGAGCGAUGUUGACGUGCUUAUUGAAGUUCACGACGCUCGGAUUCCUUUCACGGGACGUUCUGAACUGUUUCAAAAGUUCGGCCAGAAUCUCUACGAUUCAUCAUCAUCACCCGGUGAUUGGCGUCACCUAGUGAGUGAGGACAAUCCAGCAGACUUGGCCUCUGGAGGAGUAGGUUCUUUGACUGCUCUCCGAUAUUGGUUCGAGGGGCCGGCCUUUCUGGAAGCGUCCGAGGCCCAGUGGCCACGCUACGAACCAAAUUUCAUACCAGAAGGAAUAGAAUUGAAGACGAAACGUGCUUCGGUUAAUGUGACCGCUGCUUCGGAAUCAACUGGGUUGCAUCGUUUGAUGGAAAUGUGUUCCGAUUGGUCUAAACUUGUACGAUCUGUGGUAUGGUUGAUAAGGUUUAAAACAUACCUGAGAAUGAUGGCGAGCGGCUCAACUGAAUCCUCACUGAACACUGGAGGAUUGAAACUCACGGAAGUGAGGCAAGCUGAGCGUGAUAUCAUUCGCAUGGUUCAGAAGACGGUAUACCCAGCAAUCAUGCUGAAAUUAGAACGCGCCGGUUCAUGUGUGUUUUCAAAAAUCGAUCUAAAAGAUGCUUAUCUUCAAAUACCACUGGACGAAGCCUCCAGUAACCCUACCGUGAUCAACACACCCUUUGGGUUAUUCCGACACAAUUUCCUUCCCUUUGGUUUGAACGUUUCACCAGCUGUAUUUCAGCAAGUUAUGAAUAUUAUUGCAAAAGAUUUGGAGGGUGUUGAGACGUACCAAUAUGACGUCAUUGUGCACGCUGCUGACAAAGCUACCCAUGAUAUGCGUCUGUUGUCUUUACUGAAGAGAUUUUCUGAGUUCAAUGUAGCUAUUCAUCCUGAUAAACGCACUUUUGGUGUCCGAUCAUUUUCAUGCCUUGGCUACAUUGUGGAUGGCAGCGGUUUUAAACCUGAUACAAGACGUCUAUCCCCUUUGGUUAAUGCGCCAUCACCGACCAGUCUACAAGAACUGCGUUCAGUUCUAGGAGCACUCCAGUAUUACUCCCGUUUCAUUCCUAAUUUCGCCAAACACGCAAGUUUUCUGUUUGAUGUCAUAUCUUCCUAUCAAUUUUCUUGGUCCUCCAACCAUGAAAAGACGUUGCGUGCAGUGCCCUUGAACAGUGUGGUAGACCAGUGA